CUUCAGCGCGUGGCGCCCCCCGGCGGCGGCGCUCCCUCAAUGCGGCGGCCUGAUUAACGCCAGCCAUGGAGCCGCAGGAAGAGGCGCGAACGCCCGGGGAGUCCCUGUCUCGGCCUCCUGGGGCCUCGGGGUCGCCGACGCCGGACGAAGAGGAGCGGCCGGAGGGCAGCGACGCGCAGGGAGCGGCUCCCGCGGGCGCCGAGGGGGACAGCGCGGGCGCGGACGGGCUGUGGGGUCUGCCGGUGGAGCACGCUGAGCGCAGGCCCGAGUGCAGCCGCUGCAGCCGGCCCCAGAAAGUGUGCUUGUGUCCAUAUCUACCAGUGCACCCACUCCAAAUCUCCACCCAUUUGUACAUAAUUCAGCAUCCAGCAGAGGAAAGCAAAGUGUUGCGCACGGUCCCUCUGCUAGCAGCAUGCCUGCCUCCUGACAAGUGCACAGUAAAGGUCGGCCGCCGCUUCAGUGAAGAGCGAGAUGUUGAACUUUCAACUGUUUGCCGGAACUCUGGUACAUUAAUAUUAUAUCCAGGGGCUGAAGCUACUAAUUUGGAAGAAUUUAUAUUAGAUUCUCCUGUUUACCCUUCCACAAUCAUCCUCAUUGAUGGUACAUGGAGCCAGGCUAAAGACAUUUUCUAUAAGAAUUCCUUGUUCCGACAUCCCAAACAGGUACAGUUAAAAACUAACAUUUGUAGUCAAUAUGUAAUUCGGAUGCAACCAACUAGCAGGUGCCUCUCUACCUUAGAAUGUGCUGCUGCUGCUCUUUCCAUCUUGGAAAAAAAUAACUCCAUACAUGAGACUUUGCUUCGCCCUCUUCAAGCUCUAUGUUCUUUCCAGCUUCAGCAUGGUGCUCAGAUUCGCUUCAGCAAGGAAUAUCUUCUGAAAAAUGGAUUAUAUCCCAAGCCAAUGCCAAAGAACAAACGCAAACUGAGGAAGAUGGAACUGUUAAUAAACAGUGUUAAAAUUUAGUACAGCUGUCCCUGUAAUGCUGGUUCACUUGUCUUUAGCUGACAAGACUUUGCAAACUUUCCUGGAGUUUAGGCUUGAGGGCGUUGACUCCAAAGAAGGAAUGCUGGCAGGUACUUGUGCAGAGAGUGGUGGUCUGCUAAACAGCAUCAGACAGCAUACUUCCACCCACUCUGUGAAAAGAUCACAGUGUAUUUGUCUUUUGUUUUGUUUUUUAUUUUUUUUGAGACAAGGUUUCUCUGUGUAACCUGUAGACCAGGCUUGCCUUGAACUCAGAGAUCUACCUUCCUCUGCCUUCUGAGUGCUGGGAUUAAAGGUGUGUGCUACCAUCAUCCAGAUAUUCUAUUUCUUUUUCAAUAUGUGCUUUUAAUACACUUUUUUUAGAUAUAUUAAAAAUUUAAUCAGUUGUUGGUCUAGAGUAAAGAGUUGUUGUCUAUAAAAUGGAGAAAAUUAUGCCUGGGAACUGUUGUUUCCAUCAGUGUUUGUGGAUACUUACGUAUAUAUAGACCAGUGAUGGGAUGUACCCUGCAUUAGUUUCAGCCUUACUGUGAAUAAGUGGCAAAAGAGGAUUACUUGUUUUAUUAAACAGUAUAAAGGAACAGGGAAACUUUACUGUUUAUGGUUGAAGUUGGACUCAGUGAAUGUGAUUUACACCUGUAAUUGUCUGGAGUCUUAAUUUUGAAAUAGCCUACAUUCUCAUUAGGAGUUGCUUUGCCGAAGUUUUAGUUUUCAGUGUUGAUUUAACAAGUUUACUGGUUGUGGUAAGAGGUUUUUGAUGACAUUUCCAUAUGGAAAUGAGUCUAUAAUACAGUUACCAUUUUGAGUCCAUAUUUCUGUAAGUAGCUCUACUUAAAUCUUUUUUUAAGAGCAAAAGCUUUCAAUGUGUAAGAUCAGAUAUCCUCACACUAUUAGGAGAAUACUUGUUGAGAUUUUGUAUAGAACAAGAGAAAUUUGUAUACUCUAUAUUUAUAUCCGAUUUACAGUUAAGUAAACACUUUGGCAAAAUCAGGGUGUUUCAUUUUGACCUUUAUUCUUAAUUACUACAGUUUCCUGAAUCCAGUGUUAAAUGGAAGAAAAACCAAGCGUGCAGUUUAGUGGUGAUUUUGAUAAAUACUGUGUAUGACACAAGCAUACACUGGUUUCUGAUGUUUUUCAUGCUCAUGUGUUUAUUGGCUCAGAUUAGAUACUCAUUAGUAGCUUGGCUGAUCCCAGGUAGAAUGCUAACAAAUAUGUGGCAAAUUAUGUAAAAAUAUUUUAAAAUAUUAAAAUUUAGAUUUGUGACUUCAAUUGCUGAUUUAUAUUUACAUUGAAAAAUAAGUUGGACUUUUAUAAUCUAAA